AUCAUCAUCAACAACAGCAACACCACAAUCAGCAUCACCAUCAUCAUCUCACUUGUCCACAGCAUCAUUCUCCUCCUCCUCACCAUCAUCAUCAUCAUCAUCAACAACAACAACACCAGUGUCAAAACCAUGGGUAGGGCGAGCUCUAACGGUAUCAGAGCACUGCAACGGAUUCGAUCUAGCAACCAGACGAUCCUGUUGUCCUGUGAUGUUCACAGCAACGUUACGGAGACCAGCUUGGUUAACAUCGACGCUCCUCAAUCGUUCAGUUCGAUCACUGAUCACCAACGGUUCUACUACUACUACUACUACAACAACUACUACUACUCUUAAAGCACGAUCUCCACCGACAACGGGUAAAAAUUCCUCUACAGCUCCGUACCCCUUAAAACAACUUCCGGGGCCUAAAGGAUGGCCUUUUCUCGGUAUUUUCCCCGAGUUGCUAAGGAAGGAAAAUCGUGGAUCCGUACACAAAGUCCAGUUAAAAUUCCACGAAAAAUACGGCCGGAUGUUCAGGUUAAACUUUGGCCCGCAUAUCAACGUAGGCCUCGCAGACCCAGACUUAGUGGAAGAAUUCAUGCGAAACGAGGGAAAACAUCCGAAUCGGCCACCGUAUCAGAGCUGGGUGCUUUAUAAAGAAUUAAGAAAGAAAGAAACGGGUUUAAUGACGGCAGCAGAUCACAAGUGGUACAAAUACCGCAGUGCUAUCGCCCCACGAUUGAUGCGGCCUCAAGCAGUCACAUGUUAUACAGACCAGUUAAAUAGCGUAGCGUUAGAUUUGUUAACAAGAAUACGUAAAAUCCGAAAAGAAGACAAUACAGUCGACUUGUUACAAAACGAACUUUACAAAUGGGCCACAGAAUCUGUCGGUUAUGUUCUCUUCGGUUCGCGACUGGGCUGUUUAGCAGAUACAAUGCCACAGAACAUCCAAGAUCUCAUCGAUGCGGUCGGAGUAAUGUUCGUUACCGGACACCAAAUGGCAAUCGGUGCCAGUAUACACCAAUUCCUUAAUACUAAAAUUUGGCAGAAGCACGUAUCAUCAUCUGACAUAAUCUAUGGUCUAGCUCAAGAAUUUAUUGAUCAGCAAUUGGUGGGAUAUUCAAAAGAUAGAUCACAAGUUGAUCCACCCCAAAAUGGAACCGCUUUACUCAACUAUCUUCUAAGCAAUCCUUCAUUUUCAAUGGCAGAAAUUUAUUCCAAUAUGGCUGAACUGUUCUUGGCAGGUCUUGAUACGGCAUCCAAUUCUCUCGGAUUUGCUAUCUACCUUUUGGCUAGCAACCCUGAAGUUCAAGAAAAACUUCAUGAGGAAAUUUCCCGGACGCUACAGGGUCAACCGUGUCAAAGUUCACACUUAACUAACAUGCCUUACUUGAAAGCAGUUUUAAAGGAGUCGAUGCGACUUUAUCCAGUUAUCCCGAUCGGAGCCAGAAUUACCACAGAAGAUAUUGUAUUAGAUGGCUACCACAUACCAAAGGGGACCUGUCUCAUGAUCAACAAUUACGCAAUGUCACGUGAUGAAAGGAAUUUCCCCAAUGCUAAUGAAUUCAUCCCUGAGAGAUGGUUUCGCAGUGACACCCGCAAAUUCCAUCCUUUUGCAGUAAUUCCGUUUGGACACGGCUCCCGGAGUUGCAUCGGUCGACGAAUUGCUGAACUUGAGCUUUACCUUGCAAUAACACAUUUGUGUCAAAAUUUCCGGCUUAAAGUGGAAGAUGGCUUUGAAGUGGAACCAUUUCUAAGAACUGUUCUCACUGUUGGGAAAAACUUUCCAAUACAAUUCAUUGAACGGUAAAAUCGGAAUAGUUUCCUGGAAGGAAAAAAAAAAAAAACAGAAAUUAAAGGAAGACAAGGGAAAAA